AUGGACGGGAUUGAGAUGUCGAAGCCAGGCAGAGGCCAUGAAGACAUGCUUCAGCAAUGGGAGGACUUCGACUCCUGCAGCCGCGAGGAGAAGCUAGAAAUGCUCCAGAAGUGGGUGAACAUGGAUGUGCCUGCCAUUGCUCUGGCAACCGCCAAGGGUAUCGUCAUGAAUCGCCCGGCGCUGGUGUCCUUUUGGGUGAUCGGGCUUUUGAUCGCCGCCUUUGCUGGCGGACUGCCUGUGGACAGCGUUGCAGAGGAAGCGUACAGCACUAUGCUGCAGCAAGCAGAGGUCAUUGACAGUCGUGAACUGGGGCAGCAGGCCAUGGCUGAGCUGCAGAAAGCCGAGGCGGUCUACUACUCGCAGAAAGGCCUGUUUGGCUGUGACGAGGACUGCCAAAAGGCUUACGACAAGGUCCAGAUGGCCAGGGCCGAAGUGGCCAGAGUGCAGAAGCACCGGGACCGUGUCCUGUCUGAAGGGCGACAGGAGGUCGGAAUCUGGUCCUCCUUUGGCGUGCAGGAUGUGCGCAGAAGUUUCUGGAAUGCCUGGCAAUCAGGCAAGGACUUUGCAGCACAAUGCACCUUCUACAAUGUUCUCUUCACCGUGGGUGCGCGAGAUGAGUCAGUGUACAUCAUGAUUUUCCGUCUCAUCAUGCAGUAUGUGGUGAAUUUAACUCUUGGCCUCAUCGGAGCUUUCUGCUACUUUCUCUACAACAUGUACUUGCUCAUAGUGUCAUAUGGAUCGUCAGUCCUCUCUGGUGUGGCCUUCUUCUUGCUGGCUACGGUCGCAGGCCUCUCCUUGCUCACCACAUACCUCGGCGGCAUGUAUGCAGUAGUGGCUGGAGGCGGCGCCAUGAUCAUCCAGCAGGCAGCAAGGCAUGCCGCUUUGGAAAUGAGCAAGCAGGAUGCCCUGCAGCAGAUUGAGGACGACAAGCCCGCCAAGAAGCAGGCGGUGCAAAGGCGUUGCCCUGUUUAA